GAAGUUCAGCAAUACAGAUCACAACUGUUUGCCGAGUCCACCAAAGCUACCUACAAGACUCAUCGCAACACCUAUCUCCGCUUCUGUUCGUACAUGGGCUACACUCCGGUUCCAGUACACCCGGCGCACUUACUGCAAUACGCUGCUUUCUUAGCCAGAUCCCUCAAACCGUCAUCUAUCGGCAGUUAUCUAAACAUUAUCGGCCUACUUCACAAAGAAUUUGGGUUACCUAACCCCCUACUUAAUAAUUGGCCACUAAAAUCGUUACUCACUGGCAUCAAGCGCGCUAUAGGUAGACCGCCAAACCAAAAAUUUCCCAUUACCCCCUCCAUCCUCUUGCGCCUGCAUGCAACUCUCAAUUUCACUAAAAGUUUUGAUUCUUCUUUUUGGGCCAUAUGUCUGGUUGCGUUCUAUGGCCUGUUUCGAAAAUCCCACCUGCUACCUAUGUCUGCUAGGAAAUUCGACCCGUCUAAGCAACUCACCAAAAGUGAUUUUAGGUUCUUCUCCUGGGGAACACUUGUCACCAUUCGAUGGAGCAAAACCAUCCAGUUUAGGGAAAGGGUGGUUGAUAUCCCGCUCCCCUGCAUUCCCGGGAGCAAAUUAUGCCCUACCACGGCUAUCAUACAUGCCUUCCAUUUCACUAACUCCACUGCAGCUAACAGUCAAGCCUUCAACUGGGUUGUCUGCCCUUCACCCACUGCUCACUUCUUCACAUAUAACAUGUUCAUUUCUAAACUACGAGACCACCUAACUACCAUGGGUAUUGACCCUCAGUCAUACGCGGGGCACUCAUUCCGUCGAGGUGGGGCAUCUUUCGCAUACCAAUCAGGGGUGCCGGUGGAACUCAUAAAAGCCCUUGGGGAU